CUUUCUUAUUCUGAUGAACGGCAAUUCAUUUUUGCAUCUCAAUAUUUCUGCAACUGCAUGAGAGAUAAUGAAUGAUUUAUAAUUCUAGUAACAUGAGAUUCAGCACAAGGAUGACAUUGCAGUAAGGUUACAUGCAGCACAGUUUAAAAGCUGUGUGUUCCCAGGGAGAAUGUGUUUUGUUCACCGGACUGAGAAACAUGGAUAGUCUCGAGAACUCAGGAUUUAACUGGGACAUCAAGAGAGAUCCAAUAGGGUUAAAAUCAUGGGACCAGCAAACCACCAACAAAACAUAAUCUUUCCAUUAAUGCAUCACGGCUGAACAAUAUUUCAUGGAUCCUGAUAAAAUAGAAGGUCUUAAUGAAAUCCAGCAUUCAGUGUACCGAACGGCUUUCAAGCUGCGAUCCCUGCAGACACAGUGCCAGCUGGAUUUGGUCGAUCUUGAGCUGGUGAAACCUAUGCUGUAUGGGUUGAGGACGACGCUCCAAGUUGAUGGCAGAGUCUCUCUCCGGGGAGUGACCCAGAGUUUGCAGAAGCUCUUCCACAGAACUGGGCAGGAAAAACCAGGCCAGGUAGCCGCAGGAGCCACAGAGCACACUGCCCGUCUCCUGACCACACUGUAUGACAAGGAUCACACUGGCUUCAUUCCUCUGAGAUCUAUGGUCACGGCUUUAGUAGUGUUCUCAGGAGAAAAGCUCUCUGCAAAAUACACAGCUCUGUCGGAACUGGCUGUCCAAUGUAGCGUCAGUCAGAGUGUCCCCAGUGGUCAUGUGACACGAAGUGGCCUGAGGAUUCUCUUAGAGGACCUUAAGCAGAUACCAGGGGUAGCACAUGAGAGCAAUGUCUUUGGCUCAGUGGAGAGCGCGGUGCGUUCCUGCUUUCAGGGGGUUCUCACUGCUUGGAUCCCGGAGGGCAAGUUUGUGGAGUGGUUGCAAUCAGAUCCCAAGUUUCUUCUGUGGCUUUCCACCUUGUACAGGAUAUCUGCCUCCGAAGCUGUCACCCAUCACUCCCGCUGUGACAUCUGCAAAAGCUUCCCCAUGUGUGGGCUCAGGUAUCGAUGCCUGAAAUGUCUGAAUUUGCAGAUUUGCCAAGUGUGCUUCUUAACUUGUAAGACUACGAAGAAACACAAAGAGGCUCAUCCUGUAAUGGAGCACUGUACACAGCCCUCCUUGAAGGAGACUCUGAAAGUGUUCACCCGCACGGCCCGAAACAACUUGCUCCCCAGGCGCUGUAGACAGAAGGAAGCUCACAGAAGAGAAGCUCUGUGCGUCGUGGAGAGCGGGGCGCCCUCUCCAGAUAUCCAGCCACCAGAUCAUGUUCAGGCCCAAACAGACCCUAAACACAGCUCUCCAUCACAUGUCUCCCACUGCAUCGAAGAGGUUAAGCUUAAACAUAAAGGGAUCAUUAAAAAGGAACUAAAAACCACUCAGACAGAUACCAAAAAGCUACCAGAAUCCAAUCAUCAGCCAACAGGUUCACAGCAACACCAGAAAAAGGUAACAGCAUAUCUGAAAGAUCAACUGAAUCGCACACAGGCUGCUGUCAGAAGUUUGCAAAGGGACAAAUGUUAUCUGGAACAUCAGGUUCUUCUAUGGAAGGGUACCUCUCAAUCUGAGCACACAUCACUUAAGGACAUGUGCGGUCAGCUUGAAGCGAAGAUGGAAGUCCUGGCAGAGCACAAUCAGAAUUUACAAGAGGAGCUGGCUCGGGUCUAUCAGACAAUGCAGUUGAACCAGAAAUUCCCCCAAAGCAUUGUAUCGGCUGCCUCUCUGCCUUAUACGUUAAGGAAAAAGGUGAAAAAUGCACAAGCUGUUAACUCACAACAUCUAAAACUCCUGGAAGAAGUCAAGGGAAAACUCGGCAAAAAUAGUGACAAGGUGGAGCCGUCUCCCGAAACGGAAGAGCCAGCCCAGAGACAGUUCCCCAUCACUCUCUUGGAUAAAAGAGAACGCACAACCGGUGACUCAAGUGCCACAGGCGCUGCAGUCAGGAUAACGGAAUGUCUUGGAGAAAGCGAUUCCCGAAGCCAUCUGAGACAAAAUCCUCCAGAUGUGCAUAACGAGGAUAAGAUGGCAGCGUCAGUUCAGGAAGAAAAGUUCUUGCCGGACGCUGCAGAUGAGAAAGGGCCAUCACGCACUGACUCAGCCAAACUUGGAGAAGAUCACAAUCGUGACGAGGACGAUUUGUUUGAGCUUGUGCAGCAGCUUAAAAAGGCCCUUUCUCUUAAAGUACAAACAGGAUCACACUCUGCAACAAAACAGGAGCUGAUAGAGGCAGCAGAAUGUGUGGGAGAUGCCAUGUCUCAUCUUGUCGGCAAAGUGUCAUACAAGCUAACCUAACUGUACUGUUAAUAAACCCGAUGCCAAAUUGGUAG